CAUCAACCUCCACCAAACAAGCCCAUAAUCAAUCAAAAAAAUCAUGAGAAAACAAGACUUUGCAGAUAAGAUGAUAUGCCAAUUACCAAAUUCUCCAGCUUUUGCCAUACUGAAAAAAAUACAGAGAAAAAAGUCAUGGCAACAGCUUGCUUAUCUUCUUCUUGUUGGAGCUUAACUACAAAAUUCAACACCCUUUCUCUCAAUGGACCAAAUUCCAAUGCUGAUGCAUUAAGCCAUCUUAGCUUUUCUGCUAACACUUCACUUAAUCUUUUCUCUAAAGGGACUGUUUCACUGACUCCAGUGCAAGUGCCAUACCGUCGUUCCAUCGUUUGUGAAGCUGCUCCUGCAAAGAAAGCGGAUUCUGCAGCCAAAAGGGCAAGGCAAGCUGAAAAGAGGCGACUUUACAACAAAGCGAAAAAAUCUGAAGUCAAGACUCGGAUUAAGACAGUUUUGGAAGCAUUGGACACGUUGAAGAAGAAAACCGAUGCACAAUCAGAAGAAGUUCUUCCAGUCGAGAAGCUGAUAGCGGAGGCAUAUUCAGCAAUCGAUAAAGCAGUGAAAUCCGGGACACUUCACAGGAACACUGGCGCGAGAAGAAAAUCUCGUCUUGCUAGAAGAAAGAAAGCAGUUGAGAUCCAUCAUGGCUGGUAUGUUCCUGCUCCAGCCGCCGAACCUGAUCUUGUAGCCGCGGCUUGAUGUCAUUCACAUUUUUCAUAUUCAAUGUAAAUCAGUGGCACCUUAUGGAGAAUUCUACUUCCUAGAGAAUGAUCAAAUUUUAUCAUUUUUGAUAUUGUAUAUGACCUUGUUGUGCAAUCAAUUUCUACUUCUCUUUUGUUCUUCUGGUAAAAA